AUGGCUCCCGCCGUCGGUAUCGAUCUGGGUACCACGUACUCGUGCGUGGGUAUCUUCCGUGAGGAUCGUUGCGACAUCAUUGCCAACGAUCAGGGCAACCGCACCACUCCUUCAUUCGUCGCCUUCACUGAUACCGAGCGUCUGAUCGGUGACGCUGCCAAGAACCAGGUCGCCAUGAACCCGCACAACACAGUCUUCGACGCCAAGCGUCUCAUCGGCCGCAAGUUUGCCGACGCUGAGGUGCAGGCUGACAUGAAGCACUUUCCCUUCAAGAUCAUCGACAAGAGCGGCAAGCCCGUCGUCGAGGUCGAGUUCAAGGGCGAGACCAAGCACUUCACCCCCGAGGAAAUCUCCUCCAUGAUCCUCACCAAGAUGCGCGAGACUGCUGAGGCUUACCUCGGUGGCACCGUCAACAACGCUGUCGUCACUGUCCCCGCCUACUUCAAUGACUCUCAGCGCCAGGCCACCAAGGACGCUGGUCUCAUCGCCGGCCUCAACGUGCUCCGUAUCAUCAAUGAGCCCACUGCCGCCGCCAUUGCCUACGGCCUGGACAAGAAGGUUGAGGGCGAGCGCAACGUUCUCAUCUUCGAUCUUGGUGGUGGUACCUUCGAUGUCUCUCUCCUGACCAUCGAGGAGGGUAUCUUCGAGGUCAAGUCCACCGCCGGUGACACUCACCUGGGUGGUGAGGACUUCGACAACCGUCUCGUUAACCACUUUGUUAACGAGUUCAAACGCAAACACAAGCGAGAUCUGUCCAGCAACGCCCGUGCCCUGCGUCGUCUUCGCACUGCCUGCGAGCGUGCCAAGCGCACCCUGUCCUCCUCCGCACAGACCUCAAUUGAGAUUGACUCUCUUUUCGAGGGCAUUGACUUCUACACCUCCAUCACCCGUGCCCGCUUCGAGGAGCUUUGCCAGGAUCUCUUCCGUGGCACAACCGCCCCUGUCGACCGCGUCCUCUCCGACGCCAAGAUCGACAAGUCCCAGGUUCAUGAGAUUGUCCUCGUCGGUGGUUCUACCCGUAUCCCCCGCAUCCAGAAGCUCAUCACCGACUACUUCAACGGCAAGGAGCCUAACAAAUCCAUCAACCCUGAUGAGGCUGUUGCUUACGGUGCUGCCGUCCAGGCUGCCAUCCUGUCUGGUGACACUUCUUCCAAGUCCACCAACGAGAUUCUGCUGCUUGACGUCGCCCCGUUGUCUCUCGGCAUCGAGACCGCUGGUGGCAUGAUGACCAAGCUCAUCCCCCGCAACACCACCAUUCCUACGAAGAAAUCCGAGGUCUUCUCGACCUUCUCCGACAACCAGCCUGGUGUGCUCAUCCAGGUCUACGAGGGUGAGCGUCAGCGCACCAAGGACAACAACUUGCUUGGCAAGUUCGAGCUCACUGGUAUUCCUCCUGCCCCUCGUGGUGUCCCUCAAAUUGAGGUCACCUUCGACCUUGAUGCCAACGGUAUCAUGAACGUCUCCGCCGUCGAGAAGGGUACUGGCAAGUCCAACAAGAUUGUCAUCACCAACGACAAGGGCCGCCUGUCCAAGGAAGAGAUCGAGCGCAUGCUGUCUGACGCCGAGAAGUACAAGGAGGAGGACGAGCGUGAGGCUGGCCGUGUCGGUGCCAAGAACGGCCUGGAGUCUUACGCCUACUCCCUGCGCAACACUCUGUCCGACCCCAAGGUGGACGAAAAGAUUGAGGCUGCCGACAAGGAGACUCUCAAGUCCGAGAUUGACAAGACCGUCACUUGGCUUGACGACAACCAGCAGGCCGCCAAGGAGGAGUACGAGGACAAGCAGAAGGAGCUUGAGGGCGUUGCCAACCCCAUCAUGAUGAAGUUCUACGGAACAGGUGAGGGUGGUGCUCCUGGUGGCGCUCCCGGUGGCUUCCCUGGCGCUGGCGGUGCCCCCGGUGGUGCUGGUGGCGAUGACGGCCCCACCGUUGAGGAGGUCGACUAA